GUAUCGAAUUGAUUAAAGAGCGAAAAUACUGUGGUAAAAUUGAUCGAAUACAAGCGAAUAAAUGUUUAUAUUUGGUUGAUUCUGUGAAACUGAAAUCAAAAUCAGUUCUUUUUCCAAUAAAACAUUUGCAUUCGAUUCGAUUCGAUUGAAUUUUAAUUUAAAAUCAUCAAUCGCGUGAAUUACAUCCACUGAAUGUGUAGCAUACAAUUAGGUGAACAUUGUGGAAAUUAUCGAUAAGAGAAUAUGUGCAAUGAGAAACAGAAUCUAAGCAACACAAACAAGAAAAUCCAGUGCAAUGAAUAACAGUAAGAAAUCGCAUAAAAUAAACAAUUCGUCAUCACAGCCGCCAACCAAAUUGAAAAUCAUCACAAAUAGCAAUGGCAUGACUGCUAUUCCGGUCAAUGGCAAGGUUCGAGGCAGACCACCAAAACAUACAUCAACCGAGUCAAAUGCGUUGGACGUAUUUAAAUUUCGACCAAAUGGGACAAAAUCCAAUAAAGAUAGUUUGGCAUCCUCUUCUAAGGGAUAUGGAUCUUAUAAGCAGCUAAACCAAAAAUUAUAUCCGACAUCGUCAACGUCAAAUAGCAAAUCGAGCAGUAGUAAUAGUGUAAAUAAUAACAAUAGUACAAAAAAUAAUAACAAUGAACACCGAAGUUCCGGUAGUAUUGUGAAAACUGCAACGGUGAAACGUAAUAGUCCGACAAAUACACAUCAACCAACGCGAUCGUUUCAAUAUGAAAGUUUUCAUGUAUUUAAUUGGGAUGAAUAUCUCAAAGAAACAAACAGCGAGGCUGCACCACCCGAGUGUUUCAAACAGGCUUUGGAUCCACCUCAGAAUGAGUUCAAAAUUGGAAUGAAACUGGAGGCGUUAGAUCCACGCUGUGUCACAUCCACAUGCAUUGGGACUGUUAUAAAUGUGCUCGGAUCAAGACUGCGAAUUCGACUAGAUGGCAGUGAUAAUCAAAAUGAUUUUUGGCGCUUAGUUGAUAAUUCAAAUGAAAUUCAUGCCAUUGGCCAUUGCGAACGAAGUGGCGGUCAACUGCAACCGCCUUUAGGCUAUGCAAAAAAUGUCAAUGGAUGGCAAACGUUCCUAGUUAAACAAUUAAAAAAUGCCGUACUGGCACCUGAAGAAAUAUUUUUACCUGAACCGCCAACGCCGAAGAAGAACCUUUUCAAGGUUGGUCAAAAAUUGGAGGCUGUUGAUAAAAAGAAUCCACAACUGAUUUGCUGUGCAACAGUUGAUACAAUAAAAGAUGAUCAAAUCCAUGUUGCAUUUGAUGGUUGGCGGGGUGCAUUUGAUUAUUGGACCAGAUACGAUUCACGCGAUAUAUUUCCCGUUGGUUGGUGUACGCGCAGUUGUCAUCCUGUGCAACCUCCUGGUCAUCGAAACAAGUUCGAUGGAACGAACAAGCGAAAGACAGCAAAACCUUCAAAUAUAAUGAUACCUGAUGAUUCCCUGCCCACUGCAACUCCCAUAACAAUUCACUUUCAUACAAAAUGUCGAGGUGGCCGUUACAUCAACAGCUCAAAAUUGCCGUCGAUGGUAACGGCACCAUCACACCAUCUGCUUGCUAAACUUUGCUUACAAGAAGUUUUGGCUGCAUCGCGAGAUACAUCACAACUUUCACCACUAUUAUUUGGCUUGGAAGGUGAAGUUAUCAUUGUAACGGCGGCUGGAAAGAAUUUUACAGUUAAGAUACCUUGUAAACCAAAUGAUACACUUAGUGAUGACCAGAUGACACAAUUCCUACAAACAGUUUGUCGAACGUGUAAUUCAUGUGAAAAUCUAAUCACUCUGGAUCCGGGACCAGAGCAAUGUGAACAGUGCGUUGCCGAUGAGCAACGGGAAGCACUUCUGGAGCAAGAGCAAGCGGAAAAACGGUACAGUGAAAUUGAACGAAGGGAGAAAAUGCGUCUACAUCAACUUAAGCGAUCGAUUAAAUAUGAAAGCGAGAGUGAUUCAUCGAAUAGUGAUAGACCAUUGAAGUACACCAUUCGCAAGAUUAAGAAUGAGUAUGCAUUUGAGAGUGACAAAGACAAUGAUAAUGAACUGAUGACGAUCGGUGUAUCGGACGUUGACAGCACAGAGGAACAAGAGGAAAACGUUUCAAGUACAACAGCACCAGCAAUAACAACAACUACAACAACAACUACGGGUACAACAUCGCUCUCUUCAACCGCAUCCAAAUUACCGACCGGACCGCCGCAAGAAUGGUCGGUGGAAGGCGUCAUAAAAUUCAUUGCGGACACAGAUCCAGCGUUGGCUGUUCAUGCCGAACUGUUUAGGAAGCAUGAAAUCGAUGGCAAGGCACUGUUGCUCCUCAAUUCGGAUAUGAUGAUGAAAUACAUGGAUAUGAAAUUGGGACCUGCGCUUAAAAUUUGCAACAUUGUGAAUCGAAUUACACGCCGAAAGCACUAAUUAAAUUGUUAAAAGUGUCCCUUGUUCUGAAAUUUACAAUCAAAAAUUUCGAAAACAUUUUUUCUCUAGGAACAUAAGAAAUACGUAAUAGAUUAUCGGCGAGUAGAAUGCAAUUCCUUUUUUCCAAUGCGAAAUUUCGUGCGUUGAUUGCGAUUUAGUUGGCAACACACGUGGACAGAAAUGGUAGAGAAUAGCACUAAUUAAAAUGAUCUUUUAAAACAAACACCUCUUGUAAAAUUUUGUAAAAUUACACACUAGAUGAAGUCUAAAGCGCUUCGGUCUUUACAAUCGAAGUCAUAAUUUCAAUUGAUAAAUUAGAAUUAUUUACAUAGUUCGCUCAUUUUUACAAUUUCUUGAUUUUAACUUCUGUUUCACAUUGGUUCAAAUUUUAUGUGUUGACUUCAAAUAAACACUUUAAACAUUUUGUCUUAUUUUUAAUUCUUGUUUGUUUGGUUAUUUUGAUUUGUUUAUUAUUUAAUUUUAGAAUAAUUGGAACGGAGGAAGAGAGUUUUUAUCUAUAAUAAUGAAUAUUUUGUAUAAAGCCAAUUAAAAUGCCAUAUAACUUGUGCAAAACUAAACAAAUUGAUGAAUCGCUAUAAUCAUAAGAAUGACAGAUUUACUCAAAUUGGUCCUAGAACAGAUUAAACUCAUAGCUCAUGCGAUAAAUACUUACAGAUAAACCUAUAAAAUCACACAUAAAAAUACACAAGCAAAUCACACACUCAAACACACUAUAGAGUAAAAAUAAAUGCAAAAAAUGAAAUUCAAA